UUGCGGCAUUGCUUCCGUGCUAAUCGCAUUAACGUCGACAUUCAUCAUGAGAUGAAUUCUGCUAGUAUUUUCUUUUGUAAUUUUUCUUUCACGUCUCUGAAGUGCGCAUCCAUAACAAUAACGACCUUUUUUUUUUCCUUGUUUCGACUUUCUGGUGCAAUACAUGCAUACGCGGCAUUGAGACUGUUGCUCUCGCUGAAUCUCUCCUUUAACUUCUCAUGAUUCAUGUCGUUAUUUGUCCGCAGGCCUUCCGGUCAGUAAAAGAUCCCAUACUGGAACCGAACUGGGCCUACAUUCACACGGCAGCCAUUUGGCCAGGUGGAGAGUCGUUGGUUCCAGAAUCAAUGGUGGCCAAUAUACUCAGGGAUGCCGACUUGGUGGGGAUAAGCACGAGCAAUAGCACCGACGAGAGCAACAUCAUCCUGAGCCGAGCGUCGGGCAACGUCGUUCCCUACAUGGCCGCUUCUCCGCCUAACCCCAUCAUGCCAGCCGGUCCAGGCACCCGAGGAAUGUUGGACAUUCUGAAGGACUUCCCGCACUGGAAGCAGGUGCUUCAGCGCCAGAAGCUCUGCUUCUCCGUCACCUCGGCCAUCAACUACGCGAGCAACAGCGUAGAUAACAUCGAUUUUGUCCACCCUAUCCGCCAGGUGGAGGACGUGCAACGAUUCAGCCGGCUAAGGUUCACGACCAAGACCAGCAGGAACAGGUACCCGGUAGAGGAAAAAGGAGGGACCUCCUAUUACUUCGACAACACAACGCACACGCACUUUUGGCGUUUCGUUCGCAAUGGCAAUUUGUUGACCUUCUUUGCGUACGACACGGGAUCGACGCUGUCAUACAAGGUGACGGAGAUGCUCAAGGCUUACGGAGAUGACAAAUGCGUUGUCUUUGACGAUUUGGGAGAAGACGCCGUGGCGGGGAGCUUCACCGUCGGUGGCAAGAGUGUUCACUUCGGGAAGUUCGAGUUGAUUUCGGCCGUGCAGACUGCAAUGGUCCAGAAAUACGGAGCGCCGUCUCCCGGAUAGAGAAGAUGACAUUAACUAUGUUGAGCCUGUACGUCACUCAGCACGCGGUAACGAAAGUGACGUCUGGGUCAACAAGAGAUGACUAUUUCCGCGCAGUCUGCCCGAGCAGUGACAGUUUUACAAUGGUACAAGAUGCCCUCUGUUUAUCGAUGUGGUCGGCAACUGCGGUUGGCAAUGUCGUUGCUGCUUUGCUUUGAAUUAUUUCUCCAAUUGCAGUCAUCCAGUCGACGUGGAUAUUUGUGUUUACUUAGUUUUUUCUUCCACUAUGAACGCACUGAUUUUUAACGUUGUGAUGUGAUUACUUUGGCUAUGGUGUGUACAUUGCUUUUCAGGGUCGCCCACAUUAUGCCGCUUUGACAGUGUGCAUAGUUUCUUGCUUUUUCUCGUGACGCUAUGAAACAUUCGACUUCUGUGAAACGCGAUACAUUGACGACUCAUCGCGAAGUGUCGUUAACGAUUGGAACCAACACCAAAGUAUGGCUGAGCAUGCUCGAUGGGUGUGUAGACAGUGAUCCACACAACUACGCGCCAUACGGUCACAUUACGUGAAUAGUGGCACUUGUAUUGUUAUGAGUUUACGAAUAUAAUCACCCUUGACGUCAUCGCUUUAGUGUUGACGAGCUGGACAGACUCAUUUCAUCUCGCAAGUGGCAACCUGUAGCUGCGCCAUAACGAGCGAUUUCCUUUUCUUUCUUGUAUUUUGAUUUUUCGU